AGUAUACGGAAACUGACCCUCACUGCGUAGGAAGUCGAGAUUCCGACAUGCGAGACAAGGCCACCCUGAGGUCUGAUCAAGUACGAGUAGAUUCGCACUUGUCUGCGAGGACUUUGUUUCCCGUUGCCGAGGAGAGUCCAUCCCGCCGUGCGCAGCAGAGGUCUCCUGUGCUCAACACCUUGCUCCUUAAAGAGGGCGCGUCUUCAUUUUGCCUAGAGGGCGGGAUGCCUGCAUUGCGAAGGAGCGAAGGUGCGACCUUCGGUUCCCUCGGCUUAGGCGACCGCCACAAACUCCGAAUACAUUCGGAUUUGCUGACGUCGCCCUCCGCCAUAAGUGCUCCUCACGCAACAGUUCCGCGGGGCCAAGAAAAUGUCACGUCCUGCCCCCCGCAUCUUCAGUUGGACACAGGGUUGCCCUGCUCGCCUCCGUUCUCAUGUGUUGAGACUCGAGACUGGCGGCCUCGCGACGUGCUGGAGGGGCCCGCUGCAGGAGUGUUGGAGACCGGGGGUAGCGAGCACGAAUGUCACACUCCUGGGGAAGAGGAGCACUCUCCGGGAACGCGUGCUGUACAUGGGGAAGAGGAGACUCAACACUUGCAGUCUCGCAAAGUGUUGGAGACCGAGGGUGGCGAGUGUGAACGUCAUGCUUCGGAGGGUGCGUCCGUGGACACUGACAGCGAGAGUGCAGGAGCUCCGGGGGAAACGCAUGCUCUACAGCGGGAAGAGGAGACUCGACACGGGCCGGCUCGUGAAGACAUGAAGUGGCUCCACGCACGAGCGCUGGUGAUCGGGACGUCCGGAGAGGUUCUGCACAGUCGUUCGGUUGUGGCCACGAUGCGAGAGGGUGUUGUUAAGGGAGGUCAGUGGACGUCCGUGCAAGCUCCCGUUCUUGGCGACGAUGAAGACGAAGAAGAACCCGCGGUGGAAGGCGGUGAGGUGGCUGUCGACAUCCGGACGGAUCCACGGCUGAAAGAUGGUGAUUGUUCGCCCACCCAUUGCGGUGAAGAACAGGGUGGCCGACCGUCUGUCCUAAGCACCGCUCGGGGAAUGGUGCUUCAUGAAGCCAUAGAGUUGGGUGACGACUCGGCACCCACCGAGCUGGUUAGCGAGUCAGGCGUGGCUGAGAUGCAGAACGUCGAAUCCUCCGUGGAAGGCGGUAAGGUGGCCGUGAGCAUUAAGAUGGAUCCAAAGCGGAAAGAUCAUGAUUCUUUGUCCACCCGUUGCGGUGCCGAACAGGGUGAUCGAGCAUCUGUCCUCAGUACUGGUCGGGAAAUGGUGCUUCAUGAAGCCAUCGACUUGCCAAGCGACUCAGCUGCCACCGAGCUGGUUAGCGACACAGUGGUGGCCGAGGUCCAGAACCUCGAAUUGUCCGUGGACGUUGGCGCAGUGGCGCGACAGGAUGGCGAGUUCCCUCAAAGGGCUCUCGAGCAUGGUAAGAUUUGUGAAUAGGAGCAUUCGCAUAUCUGUCACUAGCCAGCUCUGUGUUCGUCCAAAUUGAUGUCAUGGGCUAAUGUAACUAUUACCACUUGUUAAAAAAAAACUUGUGGGUUGUGGGUUGUUAUCUAUGUUCUACACGUGUGAAGUUGUUAAUGUCCCUGCCCAUGAAGCCUUUAAAAGCCGUGCACGAGAAACGUCUUUCAGGGAGGUCAUUGGCCGCUUUAACAAAAAAGUUGUCAAGUG